UUGACUUUUUUUCACGAAGGUACGUAACUCCUGCCGAAACAAAAUGAUAGUAGCGUCAGUUUUCGUCUCAAAUAAAAUACACUAAAGACACACAUUUUAAAUUGAAAUGGGGAAGAAAAACAAAUCCAAAAAACAUAAAUCAAAAUCUUACGAAGAUGAUUACGAAAAUGAGGGAGAGGAGCGUGAGAAGGAGUCCUUGAAGAUCGUACUUAAAGUCGGGGGUGGGGGAGAGCAGUCAGACGUCUCGUACCACGAGGAACGCAAGCACAAACAUAAGAAGAAGAAAAAGAAGAGGGACAGAGAUCGUCAAAGGCAUGAGGACACCCCUGUCAGCAAGGAAACCAAUGAUGAUGAAGAGGAAGUGGAAUAUCCAGUCAGUCAGGAGGAGGAUAUAGAUGAGGAAAGACUAGAGCCUCCACGCAAGCGAGCCCUGCUAGAGCUGGAUGAGGAGAGCAACUCCAGCCAGGACCACCAACCCCGCAGGACCACACGCAGGGUCACUGAAGUGAGGGAUGAUGGCAAGGGAGUGCUCCGGGAGUGCUUGCUUUACAUCCAGAAACACCUUCAGAGGAAAGAUGUGAAUGGGUUCUUUGCUGCUCCAGUUAAUGACACCAUUGCUCCAGGAUACUCAAAUAUCAUAAAGGAACCGAUGGACUUCAGCACCAUGUUGUUGAAGAUAGAGAAUGAUACAUAUGACUCAAUCAUGGAUUACAAGACGGACUAUGUGUUGAUGUGCAAUAAUGCAAUGACAUACAACCGUCCAGAGACCAUAUACUACAAGGAGGCCAAGCGACUACUACAGAGUGGUAUGAAGAUGCUUAGCAAGGAGAAGCUACUAUCUAUGCGUCGCUCUCUAGGGUUCAUGUCCAGUAUCACUAUGGAGGAGCUUGGUCUCAUGCAAGAAGACACCACAGAUGCUGUUGUGGAAGAGCUCAAUGCUAAGGAGAAGGAAUACGAAAUCACUGUGAAAAAUAGGGACAACAUCAGUCGGUUUGAAGCAUUUCCUGACAACAUGACUGCAGACCAGAUUCUAGCUCAGGCCCAGGCUGCAGCUGCCGAUGCCAGGGACAUGCUUCACGGCAAACAAACCAAAACACAGUUGAGUUUUCUGAGGAAACGAGAUGAUGGGACAACUUCUCUUACUGUUCUCAACACAGACAAUGAUGGGUUCGUUGGUGAGAAUGAGCGGAUCAUUUCUCUGGGAGCACUGACUGGCAAGCUGACCACUGGCACAGGCUCUAUAGCAGGCUUCAAGGAGGACAAGAGGAACAGAGCAAGUCAGAUCAACUAUUUGACAUAUGGCCCAUUCAGCAGCCAUGCCCCUAUGUAUGACAGCUCCUUUGCUAACAUCUCUAAGGAGGAAUCUGACCUGCUGCUGUCCACAUACGGAGAUGAGACUGGGAUGCAAUAUGCACAGAGUGUGAUGAAGUUUGUAGAGGACGCUGAGGAUGACUGCACAAAGAUUGUGGACAGCUUGUUGGACGUACUGACCAAGGGACAGCACUCUGCCACCAUGAAACAGAUACACGAGAAGCGAAAACAGGAUGAAAAACAGAAAGCAGCCCUUAAAAAGACUAUGAUGUUCAGCCAGAAUGACCCAGAGGAGGCUGAUUUCUCUACAGCAAACACUACUGCAGAUGGUGGCGAGGGCAAGCCCGAUGUACAGCAACGUCUGGACCGGACAGCGGACCUCCUGAGGGAGCUUCAUCAGGCCCAGCAUGAAAGGUUGAGUCAGCGACCUCCCCCGCACCUGACCAACACCCUGGGACCUGGCGACACAGAGAAACACCUAGCUGACAAUGUCACAUCUGAACUCACAAGUCUUGCAAAGGAAGCAUAUCCCAGAGAUGUAACAAGUCUUAGAGGAAUUCGAAAAGCUUUGGGAAUCUCAGUAGAGUCUGUCAUAGGCACGGAUGAAUCUCAGCCAAUAGAAAUCGAGGAUGGUGACAGUUUCAGCCAAUCAAAUGUUUCUUUACAAAAUGAUCAAGACAAUUCACAGUUGGAAGCUGCAUACAGCUAUGACAAUAAUGAUGGUCAUCAGAAUUUCAUCGACAAUGAACUCUUAAUGGAGACAGAUGGAACAGUUAUUGAUAACCUGUGAGAAGUGAUCAAUAACCUGUGAGAUUUGGGAACAUUUAUUUGAUGAAAAGUACUGUGUAUAUUUGUAUACCUUUAUGUCUAACUUUUGGAUUAGAAAGGAAAAUGAAAUGAUAAGCAUUUGAUAAAAAAAAGCACUGUUUUUUAAUUGGAUAUAAACAGCGUUUGGUUUUAAAUGGAAGACAAAUGUGCAUAUUGUGUUAGAAUUUAGCCAAAAGAUAGUAGGGUCUUUAGCUUAACAAAGCACAAAGUACUUUGCAUUUUUCCUUUUAAAUUGUCCGUCAUCUGUCAUGACAACAGAAUGUCCGUAACAGCUUCGCAGGAAUAUUCUGGGUAUUUUGGCCACUAUGUAAGUUGAUAAACAGAGCAUUGAAAAAGUAGUAAUUUAAUAUAACUUGCAAGUAAAAGAAUCUCUGCUGAAAUUAUUCAGAACUGGGGUCAGAACUGGUCAACAUCCCUGGUUCACACGGUGUCAUUAGACUGAUAAAGCAGAAUGACUACAAAUCUCUAAAACCGGAAGGCCUACAUGUUUUAUGUAUGGUUUGUUAUAUUUUAUACGUGUCCUCUAAAAUGAUUUUAAAAUUAUAUUCAUUAUGUCAAAUCUGAUCAUGUUCCAGAGUGAUCAUGCAUUAUAAAGACCUAAAUUCAAACAAGAAUAUGAAUAAUCCAACAAGGAUACAAGAUGAUAGGUGAGUGUCCCUGGGCCCUCUUGUGGUAUUAUCAUUUGAUAAUUGACUGCCUUCAUUUAAAGACUAAUUUAGUAUUGUUUUAGAAUAUUGGUAGGCAUCUAUUAAGAACUGUUCAAAUUUAAAUAUCAAUUGAUGUUGGGCAUUUUUAUGCCCCCCUUCAAAGAAGAGGGGGUAUAUUGUUUUGCACAUGUCAGUCCGUAUGUCCGUCCGUCCACCAGAUGGUUUCCGGAUGAUAACUCAAGAACGCUUAGGCCUAGGAUCAUGAAACUUCAUAGGUACAUUUAUCAUGACUCGCAGAUGACCCCUAUUGAUUUUGAAGUCACUAGGUCAAAGGUCAAGGUCACAGUGACCCCAAAUAAUAAAAUGGUUUCGGGAUGAUAACUCAAGAACGCUUAUGCCUAGGAUCAUGAAACUUCAUAGGUACAUUGAUCAUGACUCGCAGAUGACCCCUAUUGAUUCUGAGGGCACUAGGUCAAAGGUCAAGGUCACGGUGACCCGAAAUAGAUAAAUGGUUUCCGGAUGAUAACUCAAGAACGCUUAUGCCUAGGAUCAUGAAACUUCAUAGGUACAGUGAUCAUGACUCGCAGAUGACCCCUAUUGAUUUUGAGGUCACUAGGUCAAAGGUCAAGGUCACGGUGACCAUAAAUAGUAAAAUUGUUUCCAGAUGAUAACUCAAGAACUCUUAUGCCUAGGAUCAUAAAACUUCAUAGGUACAUUGAUCAUGACUCGUAGAUGACCCCUCUUGAUUUUCAGGUCACUAGGUCAAAGGUCAAGGUCACAGUGACUCGAAACAGUAAAAUGGUUUCCGGAUGAUAACUCAAGAACGCUUAUGCCUAGGAUCAUGAAACUUCAUAGGUAAAUUGAUCAUGACUCGCAGAUGACCCCUAUUGAUUUUCAGGUCACUAGGUCAAAGGUCAAGAUCAUGUUGACUCGAAAUAGUAAAAUUGUUUCCGGAUGAUAACUUAAGAACGCUUAUGCCUAGGAUCAUGAAACUUCAUAGGUACAUUGAUCAUGACUCACAGAUGACCCCUAUUGAUUUUCAGAUCACUAGUUCAAAGGUCAAGGUCACGGUGACUUAAUUUAGAAAAAUGGUUUCCGGAUGAUAACUCAAGAACGCUUACGCAUAGGAUCAUGAAACUUCAUAGGUAUAUUGAUCAUGACUCGCAGAUGACCCCUAUUGACUUUCAGGUCACUAGGUCAAAGGCACGGUGACUUGACACAGUAAAAUGGUUUCCGGAUGAUUACUCAAGAAAGCUUACGCCUGGGAUCAUGAAAAUUCAUAGGUUCAUUGAUCAUGACUCGAUGAUGACCCCUAUUGAUUUUCAGGUCACUAGGUUGAAGGUCAAGGUCACAGUGCCAAAAAACGUAUUCACACAAUGGCUGCCACUACAACUGACAGCCCAUAUGGGGGGCAUGCAUGUUUUACAAACAGCCCUUGUUUAUUGUUUAAAUGAUUUAAAAUCAUUGUUUGAAUCAUUUUUAUUAUCAAGCCUGCUUGCUGAAUUCUCAAUAUAGUGGUCACAAUUCUCAAUAUAGUGGUCAAUAUAGUGGUAAAAGGUCAAGGUCACGGUGACCCGAAAUAGUAAAAUGGUUUCCGGAUCAUGAUACUUCAUAGGUACAUUGAUCAUGACUCGCAGAUGACCCCUAUUGAUUUUCAGGUCACUAGGUCAAAGGUCAAGGUCAUAGUGGCUCGAAAUAGUAAAAUGGUUUCCGGAUGAUAACUCAAGAACGCUUAUGCCUGGGAUCAUGAAACUUCAUAGGUACAUUGAUCAUGACUCGCAGAUGACCCCUAUUGAUUUUCAGGUCACUAGGUCAAAGGUCAAGGUCGCAGUGACUCAAAAUAGUAAAAUGGUUUCUGGAUGAUAACUCAAGAACGCUUAUGCCUAGGAUCAUGAAACUUCAUUGGUACAUUGAUCAUGACUCGCAGAUGACCCCUAUUGAUUUUCAGGUCACUAGGUCAAAGGUCAAGGUCACGGUGACUUUACUUAGAAAAAUGGUUUCCGGAUGAUAACUCAAGAACGCUUACGCAUAGGAUCAUGAAACUUCAUAGGUACAUUGAUCAUGACUCGCAGAUGACCCCUAUUGACUUUCAGGUCACUAGGUCAAAGGUCAAGGGCACGGUGACUUGACACAGUAAAAUGGUUUCCGGAUUAUAACUCAAGAAAGCUUACGCCUGGGAUCAUGAAACUUCAUAGGUUCAGUGAUCAUGACUUGCAGACGACCCCUAUUGAUUUUCAGGUCACUAGGUUAAAGGUCAAGGUCACAGUGCCAAAAAACGUAUUCACACAAUGGCUGCCACUACAACUGACAGCUCAUAUGGGGGGCAUGCAUGUUUUACAAACAGCCCUUGUUUAUUGUUUAAAUGAUUUAAAAUAAUUGUUUGAAUCAUUUUUAUUAUCAAGCCUGCUUGCUGAAUUCUCAAUAUAGUGGUCACAAUUCUCAAUAUAAUGGUCAAUAUAGUGGUCACAAGUGUUGAGUGUGUGUGCCUCCAAGCUUGUCAGGACUGCAACUUUGUCCUUCAUCAUGCAAUUUUAAAUAACUGCCACAACUGUUCACUAUUAAGCUUGUCCAGACUGUAAAGAUGUCCUUUCAUCAUGCAAUCAAAUGUAACUGAUCCUGAAUGACCACUAUGAGAAGAUUCUGGGAUGCUUAUAACACCUGGUAUAAAUAAAUUAGACGAGUAUUUAUAAUAUCACUGUUGUGUUCAGUAGCCAAAUUCAUUUACCUGACUUCUUUUAUGUUGUCAUGUUAUUUCUGAGCAUGAAGAAAUAAAUAAAUAGAAUUAGCAUGUA